AGAGACUCCAGUCGCUUCCUCACUAUUCAACAUGACAGCCCCUCAUCACCUCACAUUCAUCAUUGCUGUCAUCUGUAUUACGGGUGUUUACCUCAGUAAAUCAAAAUGAUUCCAAGCCUCAACACCUUGACUUUCUUUGUACUCUGGGCUGCAGGAGUUUCUCAUUCUGUGCUGAUCACUCAGUGGCCCCACUACAUCUCAAGGUUUCCCAGUGGCUCGGCAGAAAURCACUGCUACCAGAAUGACACCGACUAUMAKUWUAUGUACUGGUACAKACAGCAGAGAGGAAAAGAACCUCAGUUAGUGGUUUAUUUAGYKGSCAGCAGUGYAAACUUUGAAGAAGGAUUCAAAUCUGGCUUUGAGGCAGAGAUAGUCCAGAAGAAGAAGUGGUCUCUGAAGAUACCCAGCAUUCAGGAGAAGGAUGAGGCUGUUUAUCUGUGCGCUGCCA